AUGGUUGUCAGGUGCGGCUCCAGUAUUAUUGAAGUCAAGAUUUUAACAGGUGAACAAUUUGACAAAUUGGCCAUCAUACCAAGAAUAUCUUUAUCACCAUCUUCAGAUUUUCCUUUUCAUAUGACAAUGCGUCAAUUUCUAGUUCGUUUGGCAUAUGCUAUGAUUAUUAACAAAUCACAAGGACAAUCUGUCAAAUUCGUUGGAGUCGAUUUGCGCACACCUGUAUUUAGUCAUGGGCAAUUAUAUGUGGCAUUAUCAAGGUACAACGAGUUGGUUGUGAUCGAGAAGUCUCGAAGCUCAAAAGGAACAAUAUGCUUGAAGAUUUUUAGUCUUGAUAUGUUUCAUGUUCUCCUUUUAGAUGUCUCCUUGAGGCACGCAUCUUCAUUAAAUUUUAAUUUGCGUGUGCUGAAUGUUCGAGCCGUGCCUUCAGGCACAGACAUUCGCUAG